AUGAACAUCUCAAAGGGCUGCUGCUUUGCCCACUUCCAUUCAGCGGAAGACCUGGCACAGCUCUACAACUCCCUGCCGCUAGUCAUCGAAGGGCAGGAGAUCACCAUCAAGCCAAUCAACAGAGCACGUGGGGAGGCGGCCAGACUCAAUGCUGAGGGGGAAGAAGAGCGUCCUGGCAACCAUCCGCGUCCCUGA